GGCCGCUCCGGGGGCUACGCGAUCGCGAUCGCAAUUUCCGCGCCUUUGAUUGGUGGAGGGAGAGUGCCGGCCCCCGCCGAUUGGCGCCGGCGUCCUGCGCCCCCUGGUCGCCGCAGGGCGCGCCGCUUGGGUCGUCGGUUUCCUGCCGGCCGCGGGGCUCGCGCCGCAGCCAUGGUGGACAUCCUGGAGUUGCCCAAGUCGCGCAUCAAUGCCAGCAUGCUAGCUCAGUUCAUCGACAAGCCGGUCUGCUUCGUGGGGAGGCUGGAAAAGAUUCAUCCCACUGGAAAAAUGUUUAUUCUUUCUGAUGGAGAAGGAAAAAAUGGAACCAUUGAGUUGAUGGAGCCCCUUGAUGAAGAAAUCUCUGGAAUCGUGGAAGUAGUUGGAAGAGUAACGGCCAAGGCAACCAUUAUGUGUGCAUCAUAUGUCCAGUUUAAAGAAGAUAACCAUCCUUUCGAUCUUGGCCUUUACAAUGAAGCUGUGAAAAUUACCCAUGAGUUUCCUCAGUUUUUUCCUUUGGGGGUUGUGCAAUAUGAUUGAUCUUGAUGAGCACAUUGAAGACUGUCAUAGUAAACCCCUGAUAUUUGAGGGAGAUUUCUGUGAUUUUUAAUAUUUAACUUGUUCUCUUUUUUAUUUCAUUUACCUAACCUUAUGAGGUACUGCAAUAUCCCACUUUUGAUGAAACCUGUCUGUAUAUUGAAACUUAAGUCCUCCUAAAGAAUCCCAUCUCCAGUAAUAUGGUCAGAUCAGAUGCAAGAACAAAGCAGUCACCUUGAAUUUAGUUUUCUGUUUUACUAAUAAAAGCUGAAAUGGUACAUACUGUUGAUAAUUUCAUUCUUAUUCUUUUAGUCAUGUAGUCAUGUAUUCAAACACAGACUUGGAAUUUCAUAGCUGUAAGGUCAGAACUUAGACCUACCAAAUGAAACCCCGGGCUGACUGUAAAGAAUUUCCUUGCUACUUCAUAAACUACAUUAUGUGAAUUACUUCCUUGACACUCUAAAAAAAAAAAAA